GUUCAACAAUGGCUUCUAAGAAGUCGAAAUCUGUCUGAACUUACAUGCACAUACCUUGAUUCUGCAGCUGUUUUAUGCGUCGUCAAACCUGGGACUCCACCACCAAUAACAAGAGGAGGAUUACAUCGACUUCCAUGCAAAAUGCUUGACACAGAGCCCGAGACGCUGGCAACCUCGCUUCAGGUGCAGUUCCUCCACCGGGUCCGCGGGGUCAUUGCCACGCGAUCACGCAUUGGCUACGAUGUGUUGCUGCAGGAUGAGGUCUCCUUCAGCUUGUCUCAGACGGAAGAUGGAGUGCAACUGCACAUCACCGGCCUGGAGUUUCAUCCGCUGGAGGACGCCGUGGCCCUGCGGCGGCACCUGCAGAGCCAGCUGAAGGACUUCACCAGGGAGUCCUGCUAUCAAUGGUGGGAGGAUCACAAAGAAGAGAUGUGUCCGUUGAACAGCUCGAAGUUGCGCUGGAUCCUCGAAUCGAUCUUAGGCCUUCGUAGCGUGAAUGCAGUGACGCCGCCUAAGGGAAAAGAGAAGAUGCUGUGGGGCUUCCUCCAUACCCGCAGAUUGGUGGUGGAGAGCUUCCACUUCCGACGGGACGAGGAGGGGCACGUGCGGAUGAGGGCAAAGGUGGAGGAGCCCAUCAGUGAGGAAGAGAGAGCGCUGCAGGCAUCUUCGGACGAGAUGAUCGCUGAGAUGCCUUCCCACGAGUUGAAGCUGGGCGAGUAUUUCAUGCCUUCCAGCAUGAAUUGGCUGGAGCUCUUCCACUACCAUCUCAUAGGGCAUCCGGGUGCGGACCCGGCGAAGAUCACGAAGCUCCUGUCCGGAGCGACGUCUUGGGGUUGUGGCGCAGAUGGGUGGCAUCAAUAUGAUGAGACCUGGACCUGUGUGGACCAGAAGACCUUGCUGGGAAAGACCACUUUAGAGCAGGGCCGUGUGAUUUGGCAUCAGGCAUAGGCAUAGCCGCGGCAGAGCGCCUGCAGGGCGCCUGGAGUGUGAGCGCUUGCCUCCGACGCCGUUGGGGCGGAUUUGAGGGCAUCGGUUGGAAGAGUGGGCAGAUCUGGGCAGACUCAAGAGUUCUUU